ACUCCGACAUCCACGACAUCUCCCGGUGAAAUAUGUUUUUUCCGGUUUCAGGCCUGCGGUACAUUCAUCAGAAUCAGUUUUUCAAGAAAAUUAAACUCAUAAAAGCAAAAAUUAAAAUCACACGAUGGAUCAACUAUUUUCAGAGCUAAAGGAGAUUGUUUUAAAAGAUCUUUCUAAAGAAAAAUCAAGCGAUUCGCCAAGAAAAACAACCAAAGAAAAAGCGAAGAAAGAUCUCAAAACUGGAGUUGAAGUCGAAUUUGAUAGGCCACUUGUUCUUAAAGCGGAUCUCUGUUAUAUUGUAUCGGCUGUUAUUAUUGAGAAUGGAAAGGUGCUAAUGAUGAAGGAAGCGAAGAAAUCGUGCCGAGGGUUGUGGUAUUUACCGGCAGGACGACUGGAGAAAAAUGAAAGCCUGAUUGAAGGAGUGAAACGCGAAGUUCUCGAAGAGACAGGGCUACAUUUUGAGCCAACGUCUUUAAUUUCCGUGGAUAACUCAAGGGUUUUAAGCUGGCAGCGUUUUAAUUUUACAGGCAAUGUUACAGGAGGGAAGCUGAAGACAAUCAAGGAUGAAGACAAGGAGUCAAUGGAGGCAGGAUGGUUUGAACCUCAAGAGGUGUUUUCCCGUUCACUUCCACUUCGGGCCCCGGAUAUCAUCCCUCACAUUAAAUCAACGCUGAAAUGGAAAGAAAUGAAAGAAAGGGAUCCCAUUUAUACUUCUCUUCCAGUGCCACUACCCCACGAGAGAAUCAAAAUUCAAGUUGUUUUAGUUUCAUGUGAUGGUAAUAAUGGAAUCAAAAUUUGUCUCGACAAGGAAUACAGCAUGGGAUUUUUGCAUUGUACCCCAUCCACUCUCUUCUGCUCAGUGUAUGAUACUGUAUACACCAUAUUAAAGCGAGCACUAGGGAUCGACAAAGUUGAUUACCAACUUCAUGGUAUCAUAAGUAUAGAACAUGUCGGCAAACCCCACGGGGCUGCUGAUGGUGCAUGUCUCACACUGUUAGCAGAGUUCAUACCUACUUCACAACCAAAGCCUUCAAAUCCUGGCCGAUAUUUUUGGUUGGAAGCUGACGAAAGACUUAAAAGCAGAAUAAGACAGCUUCUUGAAAAAGGCUGUGUUAAAAUAGUUUAAUUAAGUGGCUAACAUAAUUAUAGAAACUGUGUAGGACAUGUAUAUUUUUGAUUUUAAAUUAGUUAUAUACAUGAAAUAUUUCAUUUGAAAUUUACCACUAAUGCUACUAUACAUAGGUGCUAUAGGAGCUGGUCAUUGAUUAGAUGGGGAGAAGGGGGGGAGGUCUGAUGCAUUUUAUUCUUGUUCUGAAUAUUUUAAAAGCCCCCAACUUCCUCCUGAUGCAAAAAAUGUUGUUCCCUUAAUAUUUCACAUAAAUCGAUAGUGUCCUCCUUGAAAAGCUUGCACAAAUUUUGUGACCAUCCUUUCAAAGUUCCAUGAAAAAUAUUGACCCCCUCCCCCCAGAAAAAAUUUUCACUCCCCUCUAUAGCUAAAAAAUAAAUGAUCAUUUCCAGCAUACAGGCAAUGCAGCUGUAGAGCUUGGUCACCAUUUCUUUGGGUAUCUGAUAACAAAGGACCUAUAUUGAAGUCUUUCAACUAAAAUUAAUAUGUAAAUUUAUUUUUUAAUCAAUCAAUCAAUCAAUCUUUAUUGUGCUCAAUAGUUUACAGAUAUAAAUAAUAAUAGUUGAAAUUGCAGGUGAUAAGAGCACAGCCAAUUAGAAAUAGCAAUAGAUAAUCAAGCUAAGUGGCUGGGCCAUGCGGAGAAAAUCUAUUUGUUGCUGAUUGACUAAAGCAAUGGUUAAGACAAGACAAGACAAAAACAAAAAACGACAAGACAAGAUAAGCCGGUGACAAGACAAGACAUUAGACAAGACAAAAUGGGCUGUGCUCCUAUCAGCUGGACUAGAAGUGCAUCAUAGAACUAUCAAUAAUUUGAUAUUAUAGAGGUUUUAAGAUUUUUUUUUUUUUUAAUCAUGAUUAUAACUAUUUUGUUUGCUAUAUAUUUACUUCAUUUAUCUGUUUAAUUGAAUUGAGAGUAAAUAAGAAAUGAAAUAAAUGAACAAACAACUCAGACAAAAGAAAAAAGAAAGAAAAGAAAAAAAAUAAAAUAAAAUAAAUUCACUUUUUUGAACCCUCAAUAUAAUGAUCUUGUAAAACUAAUAAAAUAAUUUAAAAAAAUGGAAAUUUGAGAAAAUAUCUAGUUCGAAAUAUUAUGCAGGUUAGCAUACCAAAUUGUCAAGCAUUAUCUCAGUUAUAAAAUGCAGGAAUUUGUUUUCGAAGACGUCUUCGCUUUGAGUUUUUUUUGGGUGUUCUGAACUACACUAUGUUGUGCUAGUUGGAGAGCUCAUGCAUGGUGGGGAGUAGAUCCACGGGGUACCGUUAUUCUAAUCAAUUUAUGUUACCUAGAUAGAUAGAUUAGUUUGCAUUUGUAUAGGUCUUAAAAAUUAUUCUAAAGAG